AUGUUCACAGCUGCACAAGUGGCACAACAGGUGCCCGCGACGUCUGUUUGGGAUUUUGGAGGCACGUGGUCGUCAGAACUGGCAGGCGUCCGGUUCGUCGUACACUCACAUAGCACAGUGGGCAUAGACAACAGUAUACCCGUCAAGAUAUUAGACAUGGAGGUCGGCACGAAAUCAAACGGUUUCCUCAACAAGGGUUGGUUGGCCAAGGCCAACGCGCAUUACGGGCCCCUAGGGCCGGUCUCGUUGUCCGUCAUAAACAACGUGGAUAAGAACGUUGCCAUGUUUAUCGGAUUUGUAAACUCUCAAAACAAGAAAGACGUUGUUACUGGUAUGUGGUCUAUGGGAAGAAACUGUAAAAAUAAUUUGGACACUCAUCAGUCCGUGUUUAACAUACCGGAUGUUCUGUAUAAAGAUAGCAGUGAACAAGGUGAUUAA